AAUCCAUCUUCUUCGCCUCUCUAAAACAAAAUUUGUCAAUUUGAAGUCUCUCUCUUUUGACUCUUCUUCUUUUGCUCCUUUCACCGCCGCAACGGUUAAAAACCUCGUGUGAUUCUUCUUCUUAUAGAAAACAGAGACAUCGAAGAAACUGGUGAACCGUGUACGCUUCGUCGUUAGUGAUGCGGAGACGGAAGAUAUCGCCGGAAAAUCAUUGGCCUAGAUUCAAUCCAUUAGAGACUCAUCGGCGACGGCUUCGUUAGCGUACCGAAUCCUCCUCCCUCCUCUGGGUUGUCUAGGAAUCACACAUAUCUUCUUUCUUCCAUUCUCUCUCAGGUUGUGAGUACUCUCUUUGGCUGGAUGUGCAAUGCAAAGGUCUAGAAGAAGAGUUUCUGUGAACAAUUUUAAUGGAAGGAACAGCUUUUACAAAGUAUCUCUGUCUCUUGUUUUUCUCCUUUGGGUUCUUCUCUUCUUAUCCACCUUGUUGAUUAGUCUUGGAGAUGGUGCCAAAGAUACACCUUUGAAUGACUCUGUAGGAAUGGCUGAUCCGGAUGAUGGUCAGUCAGGUGAGAAAGUUGUGUCCUUUGAUGGACCAUUAUCACUAGAGUCUGCUUCUGUUCAUGUUACGUCUGAUUUGAGUCGGAAUGAUGAUAUAACCCUGUCUGAAGAUAGUGAAGACAAAGAAAAAUCUGUGAAGGAAGCAGAGAUCAAGAGCACAGUUUCAGGGAAUGAUUUAGAAAGCAAGGACAGUUACAAUUCGAAGCAAAGUGAGAUAACCAAGAAAGAUACAGGGAUUGAUGCAGGAAGCAAAGAAGAUGACUUUUUGAUGCAAAGUCAAAUGAGCAUAGAUAAUGAUACAGAAAGCAAAGACAAUGUGUUUUUGAAGCAAAAUCAGGUGAACAAAACAGAUCCAGGGAAUGAUACUGAGAUCAAUGCUUCAAAGGUUGAUCAACCAUCUCGUGCUGUUCCGCUUGGCCUUGAUGAGUUUAAGAGCAGGGCGUCCAAUUCUAGAAACAAAUCGUUAUCAGAUCAGGUCAGUGGUGUGAUUCACAGGAUGGAGCCUGGAGGGAAAGAGUACAAUUAUGCCUCUGCUUCAAAAGGUGCAAAGGUCCUGUCUUCCAACAAGGAAGCAAAAGGGGCUCCAAGCAUCCUAAGCCGGGACAAUGACAAGUACCUCAGGAAUCCCUGUUCUACUGAAGGUAAAUUUGUUGUCGUAGAACUUUCAGAAGAAACAUUGGUAAAUACCAUCAAGAUCGCGAAUUUCGAGCAUUACUCUUCCAAUCUGAAAGAGUUUCAGCUUCAAGGCACCCUGGUUUAUCCGACUGAUACCUGGGUUCAUAUGGGAAACUUCACGGCUUCAAACGUGAAGCAUGAGCAGAACUUCACACUUCUCGAGCCAAAGUGGGUGAGAUACUUAAAGCUAAAUUUUCUAAGUCAUUAUGGUUCAGAAUUCUACUGCACCUUGAGUUUGAUAGAAGUCUACGGAGUGGAUGCCGUUGAACGAAUGCUGGAGGAUUUGAUAUCUGUCCAGGACAACAAAAACGCAUUCAAAACCCGAGAGGGAGAUUUUGAGCAGAAGGAGAAGCCAGUGCAGCAAACAGAGUCAUUAGAAGGCGAUGAUAGUGCUAGUAGGAGCAUGCAGAGAGAGAACGAGAGGGAAGCCCCACCAGAGAAUAUGUUAGCCAAGACUGAAGCAUCAAUGGCAAAGAGUAGUAAUAAGCUGGCAGAUCCCGUGGAAGAGAUGAGGCAUCAUCAGCCAGGGAGCAGAAUGCCAGGGGACACAGUGCUGAAGAUACUGAUGCAGAAGUUAAGGUCAUUGGACUUGAACCUAUCGGUUCUAGAGAGAUACUUAGAGGAACUGAACACAAGAUACGGGAACAUAUUCAAGGAGAUGGACCGUGAAGCCGGUGUCAGAGAAAAGGCGAUUGCGACUUUGAGACUUGACUUGGAAGGUAUGAAGGAGAGGCAAGAGAGAAUGGUGAGUGAAGCAGAGGAAAUGAAAGAGUGGCGAAAGAGAGUGGAGGCAGAGAUGGAGAAAGCAGAGAAAGAGAAAGAAAACACAAGAGAGAGUCUUGAGGAAGUAAGUAAAAGACUUGAGUGGAUGGAGAAGAAAGGCUUAAUGGUGUUCACUGUGUGUCUAGGGUUUGGCACGAUCGCGGUUAUUGCAGUUGUGGUUGGUGUGGGAACAGGUCGAGCAGAGAAGACCGGUAUUGGGGCUUGGCUCUUGUUAUUGAUAAGCUCAACAUUCAUUAUGUUCGUUUUGUCUCUUUGAUAAGAAUUUUGAUCUUAUUUUUUACACUGUAGAGCCAUGUUACCAAUUUGGGUGAAAUAUACCUUGAUUUUCAAUAA